AUGCCGUUCGGUAUAUCGCCAGCGCCCGAGGAAUUCCAGCGUAGAAUGGAUGAAGCGCUCGAGGGAUUAAAAGGCGUGAAAGUUAUUCAUGAUGAUAUCUUGAUAUAUGGUUGCGGAACUAACGACAAGGACGCACAAGAAGAUCACGAUAAGAACCUGAUAGGGUUAAUGGAUCGUUGUAGACAGAAAGUGUUGAAACUAAAUAAAGACAAACUGAAACUAAGAUUACAGAAAGUAAGCUAUCUUGGUCAUAGAAUUACCGCUGAAGGACUGAAAAUAGACUCCCAAAAAGUGAAAGCUAUUACGGAAAUGCCAAUACCUGAGGACCGACAAGCAGUUCAGAGACUUUUGGGCAUGGUGAAUUAUGUACAGAAGUUUGCACCAUGUCUAUCCGAUAUCACCGCUCCACUUAGACAAUUGCUUAAGUCCGAAAAUGAUUUCAAAUGGGAUCCUCACGUACACGGACUAUUAUUUGACCAGAUAAGAACUGUAUUGUCAAAUACACCGGUACUUCGAUACUUUGAUGAAAAGAAAGAAGUCAUUUUGCAGUGUGAUGCAUCGAAAUCAGGACUGGGUGCUUGCUUGUUGCAGGAGGGACAACCAGUAUGCUAUGCGUCGAGAGCAUUAACACCAACCGAAGAAAACUAUGCUCAAAUUGAAAAAGAAUUACUAGCAGUAGUUUUUGGAAUGGAAAAAUUUGAAACAUACACAUAUGGAAGAAAAAUCGUCGUCGAAUCGGAUCACAAACCGCUGGAGAUUAUAUGUAAGAAAUUUUUGCUUACCGCUCCGAAACGACUACAAAGAAUGUUGUUACGCUUACAAAAGUUUGAAUAUGUUGUUGUUUUCAAACCAGGUAUUGAAAUGUACAUGGCAGAUACAUUGAGUAGAGCAUACAUUAACAAAGAACUAAGUGGACAAGAUAAAAGAUCGGAAACCGAGAAGGAAGUUGAAACUGUGAAUGCGAUUCAAUUCUUACCGAUCACCGCCGAAAGGUGUAAAACACUACAAUCAGCUACCGCAGAAGAUGAAGAACUUCAAAUUCUUUCGAAAGUUAUAAAGAAAGGAUGGCCGAUUAACAAGGAUGCCGUAGAUAUAAAGAUACAUAAGUAUUUUCCGUUUCGAGAAGAACUUACAAUUCAGAAUGGAUUGAUUUUCAAAAGUGAUAGGGUUGUAGUGCCGAAUAGUGCAAGAGCAGAUCUGACAGAAAAAGCACAUUCUAGUCACAUAGGAAUACAAGGUUUCUUACGACGAGCAAGAGAAUGUUUAUAUUGGCCGAAUAUGAACUCGGACAUUGAAAGUUACAUUAAAACAUGUGAAACUUGCAAUGCAUUCAACAUGGAACAACAGAAAGAAAGUUUGCAUAGUCAUGAACUCUGUACAAGACCAUGGGAGAAAAUUGCUUGCGAUCUCUGUGAGUUUAAUCAACAAGACUAUUUAAUGACUAUUGAUUAUUAUUCCGAUUACUUUGAAAUCGACAGAUUAAAUAACAAGAAAGGAAAAGAAGUAAUUGGAAUCUUGGAGAAACAUUUUGCGAGAUAUGGAUUACCUGAUUGUGUAUUUUCAGACAAUGGACCGCCGUUCAACAGUCAUGAGUUUAGACAUUUCUCAAAUCAGUAUGAAUUUACACAUACAACAAGUUCACCGAGAUUCCCACAAUCAAACGGAAAAGUUGAAAACGCUAUCAAAACAGCGAAAAGGUUAAUGGUGAAAUCUCAUAAGGAUGCGAAAGACCCGUAUUUAGCAUUGUUAGAUUGGAGAAAUACACCAUCUGAAGGCUUGGAAAGUUCUCCGUCACAACGCAUGUUUGGAAGAAGAGGAAGAACGUUAUUACCGUCGGCGUCAAGAUUAUUGAAGCCAGACAUUCAAACAGAUGUUGUAGGACACAAGAGGGUUCAAAAGGAGAAACAACGUAGCUAUUACAAUCGUAGUGCUAAAGAUAAGACCGAACUAGCGAAAGGUGAUAUAGUCCGAAUAAAACCGUUCAAAAAUGGAAAAGAAUGGACAAAAGCAAAGGUUGAUGAGAAAUGUAAUAUUAGAUCGUACACUGUGACCACCGAAGAUGGCAGCACUUAUCGGAGAAAUCGUAGACAUUUAAUAUUAACUAAAGAGCCCGAUGAUUGA